AUGGUCCCUGUUUGCACUGACGAUGACGAUUGCACCUAUUCUUCCGUCUUGACCAAUGACAGUGAUCGACCCAACUCUUUUUGGCAUCGGCCUUCGUCUUGUGAAUUGGAGCAACAAGCCAAUGAGUACGAUAGAGAAGGUGGUCUCUUGUCAGUCAACAACCAAAAGAAUGUUCAGUUUGGUGGAGGUGGAGGUCAACAAUUAUGGCAACCCAAGGCAUUAUCAGAUGGAUCCAAGCGUCGUCAGGCCAAGAUGUUACUUGUAUCGUUGAUUGAGUCAUUUUGUCGAGUGUACGGUGAAUCACCUGAAUCCAAUCGCAAGGUGUUUUUUCUUAUCUGUCAAACCUUACGUUCUUUGGGGUUGAUUGAUGCCGAGUUUAUGGAUGAAAUGGCCAGUGUGCGCUCCACUUUCCAAAAUGCGUUUCAACAAUUGUUUUAUACGGCUGUGCAAACGGUACAAGAUGAACGAUUGUUUCAACAACAUCAAAAAAUGAUUGGACCUGUACCAUCAUCAUCAUCCGACGAAGAAGAGGGGAGCAGCAUGAGACGAUUUCAAACACCCCCUCCACAGCCAUCAGCAGCAGCAGCUACACCUUCACCCAUCACAUCCGAACAGCUUUUAUCCAACUUAUCGGUCCAAAAUUCGCGCUAUGAAAACGAUUUUGUGGAAAUCAGCAUGUUGGGACGAGGUGGAUUUGCUAGCGUAUGGCGUGCCCGUAACAAGUUGGAUGGGAUCGAUUAUGCUAUCAAAAAGAUUCGAUUGGGUAAAGACUUGGAUACCAUGAUGGACCAUGAGAACCCAUACGAAAAGAUCUUUCGAGAAAUCAAACAUCUUGCACGCCUUGAACACCGCAACGUGGUUCGAUAUUACUCGUCAUGGCUGGAAUUGGUCUCUUCCGCAGCAUUGCAACGUGAUGAAGAGGAGGAUGAAGAUUACUUUUCUGAAUAUUAUCGAUCAUCCACAACAGCAACAACAACACGCAAAAGCAAAGUACGAUUCCAUCAAGAAACGAGCAUGUUCAAUGAUCCCAUUUUCGAUUUUUCGGAUGAAUCAAGCUUGCGUAUGAAUGCAUCGCAACUCUCGUCACCUGGGAUUGAUUUUGUUAUGGAGGAGGAAACCGAGGAGGAGGAGGAAAAGAUGACAUUGACGCGUGGUGGUGGUAGCACUAGCAACAGCAGCAGCAUGAUGGAAGUACAACGAUCCUCUUCUAUUCAACGCCGUCAUCAUCAUCGUUCAGCGUUUGGAUCAUUUGAAGGCGAAUGGGUGCUUUACAUUCAAAUGCAAUUAUGUCCAGCUACAUUGCAUGACUUUAUCAAAUUCCGCAACCAGCAAUGCUUUAAAGACAAUGAGGAUGGUUACGAUGCUGUGGAUCCACAACGCAACAUCGAUAUCUUUGCUCAGAUUCUUGAGGGAGCUGCUUAUAUUCAUGAACAAGGAGUGAUGCAUCGUGAUCUUAAGCCGACCAAUAUUUUUUUGAAUAUGCCAGCGUCACUCAGCGAGUCGCGUCGAUCCAGCCAAGGCAACCGUCGUCAUGGUCGUAGUCGUGCCAAUAGCUUAGCUACCCUCGGUGGACCACGAAGUCAUGGUAGUAUUAGCAGCAGCAACAGCAGCAGUAAUCAUGGCAUGUUGUCAUCAUCAUCCUCCCUUGCCCACGAUCACAGCUUUUCCUUUGAUUCGGUGCACACACCAGAUGGCCUAAGACAAUGCAUGUGGGACGAACCUUGGGUGCCUAAAAUUGGUGACUUUGGUCUUGCAGCUGCGUCUGAAGAAGAUCAAGAUUUAUCAUCAUCAUCACCUUUUGUGGAAGAGGAUCAGCAGAGUGCUAGUGAAAACAACAGCAGCAGCAAGGAAGUUUCAGAAAAUACAACACCUCGUCGACGUCCUUCGGUACGACGUAUGCGCACAGGGGGUGUUGGUACUCGCACAUAUGCAUCACCAGAACAAUUGGCGCAUCGACCUAGUGCCUAUGGUGAAAAGGUGGAUAUUUAUUCAUUGGCCAUCAUCUUUUUUGAAUUGUAUCGACCCUUUGCAACUGCUAUGGAACGUGCUGAAGCCAUUGAUGCUCUUAAGCAAGGAAUUUUCCCUGAUGGAUUUGUGGAGCGCUAUCCUAAAGAGUCAGCGUUAAUUUUAUGGAUGAUGGACCCAAACGCAGCAAAUCGUCCCACAGCUGCCCAAUUGUUGGAUUUUGAACUGUUUACGGGUGAUUCAACGAAUACGCAUCCACAACAACAACAACAAAAACAACAACAAAAACAGGAACAGGAGGAGGAUCAUAACGAUGAGUCGUUUGCUUCUCUCAAAAGUCAGCUGAAAGCCAAAUCACGAGCACUGGAUCAACAGAAUGAAGAGAUGGCUGCAUUGCGUAUGCGCAUGGAACGUAUCGAAAUGGAAAAGAAGCUUGAAAUGGAUGCUAUGCAAAAACGUCUUGAAGAUUUGCAACGUCAAUUGGAACAAGUACAACACACCAAAUUACCUUUGACACCACCCGCUUCCACCAACAUGGGUCAUUCAAGUGACACCACCACCUCCACCUCCACCUCCCAAUAA